CAUGGUGUCCGUCACAAUGGCCACGUCGGAGUGGAUCCAGUUCUUCAAGGAGGCCGGCAUCCCACCCGGGCCCGCCGUCAACUAUGCCGUCAUGUUUGUGGACAACAGGAUCCAGAAGAACAUGCUGAUGGACUUGAACAAGGAGAUCCUGAAUGAGCUGGGUGUCACCGUGGUCGGGGAUAUCAUCGCCAUCCUCAAGCAUGCCAAAGUCGUUUAUAGGCAGGAAAUGUGCAAGGCAGCCACAGAGUCCGUCGCCUCCAGCCAAACCACCGUGCAGUCUGAACUCCGCAGGAAUGCCACCAGCGCUGCCAGCAGGAUGAUUGCAAACAGUCUCAGCCGAGACUCCCCACCUUCCACACCUGUUCGGAGGCCAGACAGCAGCGCUUCGAAGAUCUCCGUCACGGUGUCCAACAAACUGGCAGUGAAGAAUGCCAAAGCAGCUCUGUGCAGUGCAGCAAACGAAGCUCCCGCUGAAGCCCCAGUGAAGCGCCGCCGGGUCACUGCCGAGAUGGAAGGGAAGUACAUCGUCCACAUGCCCAAGGGCACCACGCCCAGGACCAAGAAGAUCCUGGAGCAGCAGGCAGCCAAAGGUUUGCAGAGAACCUCUGUGUUCGACAGACUGGGUGCAGAGACCAAUGUGGAUACAACCACCGGAAAUAAGCCCACGGGUGUCUUCAGCCGGCUAGGGGACAUGCAGGAGGCAGAGGAGGAGAAAGCGGCCGAGAGCGAGGAGGAUGACAGCUCUGUCCUGCAAUACGCCGGGGUGCUGAAGAAAUCCUUCCGACCUCCCACCCCCAAGGAGAGUGCCACGACUGGGGUGACCAUCAAGGCCAAGGCCACCAGCUCCGAGUCCCCACGGCCAGGGGGCAAAAGCCCGGCGAGCCCUGGGGCUGUGAGCACGGAAAGGGUGCUUGAGUCACCCUCCCAAGGCCGCGUGGCCAAGAGGCUGGGCAAGCGGUCCCUACCCGGGGAGGCCCAGGACAGCAGCGUCACCAGUUCCCGGAGCAGGCCUGAACCUGACCUGAAGGUCACCUUCCAGAGGACUUUGGGCAGUGCCAAGGUAAGCAGCACUUCGGAAGGCCACAGCGCCCAGAUGGACAACACAGGCACAGUCAGCGUCUUUAAACGGCUGGGCAGAAGGACAGUGUGAUGCCGUGGGGCGCCCGCCUCUUCGCAAGCAUGCGUGUGGG